UGUAGAGCUCUUGGAUGUACUACACUUGUAUUUGGAUGCCAAGCAGUUGCCAUACCAAGUGGGGAUGCAGCCAGUUAAGAUGCUCUCAAUGGUGCUGUAGGACAUUCUGAAGGGGAAGCGGCUUUGUCAUGCCUUCACGACUUUGUGGACUUUUGAGUGAUUGUGAUGUGCACUGCAACUGCUUUUUGGUGAACGGCUAACUAUACAGUUAGCAUUUCGCCCAUUAUGUUACCUGGUUUUCUGGGUCGUCCAAUGAUAUCGUUUUUGUACCACAUGGUGGCGCCAGAAUGAAUCAAGGCUACAUUAUGCUUCUAUGCCAAGAAAGGCCAAUGCCAUGCAAGGUUAGUGUUUUAACUAUGCUCCGAUAAUUGGGGGCGAAUAUCUAAUUUUCCUUUUUGUGAAUAUUCAGGGAGGGAUAAAUUAAAAACAACUGUCAUAUGGUCCACGACCUACGGCUUUCACCCACUGGCCACACGCUGUCUGCCCAGCUGGAUUGGUUCUUCAGAGGAUGCUCGCCACCUAUCACGAUGCUUCGUUCAUUUUCUUCAAGUCGCUAGAUAUUUUACCAGCUACAUCAACACUAUUUCAUGCAGAGUCAGGUGGCUAGCAUACGGAACGCCCGUAGUUCAUAAUUGCACCCCAAAAGUGCUCUGCUCUCCUGAGGUAGACCACUGAUGGAGCAGCGACAUACACGCUCUGUGGCCAGUCGUUGUCAUGUUUCCAUGCGUUUCCUCCUGGCCCUCUGCUGAGCCCCCGUCGCCCUGCGGUCAUGUCUCCCUGCCCACACACACUCACACACAGCCCUUGCCUGACCUACUGUGCAGCUGCCCUGCCCCGCAGAUGAACCCUCACCCCGUUCCAGACUACAUGGAGUCCCUUAUCGUGGUGACCGAGUACGAGCCCAAGGAAGGUGAUGAGGUGGAGGACAUGGAGUGCUCUGAGACGCCCUUCAGAACCCACUCCUGCGACCUGCUGUCCCACUCUGUGGGCCACCCCGAGGCCCUGUCCCCUGAGCCCCAGGGGCACAGGGGAAGACUAAACCUGUCAGACCGGAAGCUGUCCCUGCAGGAGCGCUCCCAGACGGCCUCGUCCCCCAACGGGCGCUACAUCUACCCCUCGCUGCCCUACUCGCCCAUCACCUCGCCCCAAUCCUCCCCGCGGCUCCCCCGUAGACCCACCGUGGAGUCUCACCGCGUCUCCAUCACUGACCUGCAGGACUGCGUGCAGCUCAACCAGUACAAGCUGAAAGAUGAAAUCGGAAAGGGCUCUUAUGGUGUUGUCAAGCUGGCCUACAAUGAAGACAACAACACUUAUUACGCGAUGAAAGUGCUCUCCAAGAAGAGGCUGAUGAGGCAGGCAGGUUUCCCACGGAGACCACCCCCCCGCGGAGCCAAAGCAGCCCCCGAAGGCCCCCCUCAGCCAAAAGGACCGCUAGAACGGGUCUACCAGGAGAUUGCCAUCCUAAAAAAGCUGGACCAUCCCAAUGUAGUGAAGCUAGUGGAGGUUCUUGACGACCCUGGUGAGGACCAUCUGUACAUGGUGUUCGAGCUGGUCAAAAAGGGGGCCGUGAUGGAGGAGUUGCCCACGGACAAGCCGCUAAAUGAAGACCAAGCUCGGUUCUACUUCCAAGACCUAGUCAGGGGGAUUGAGUUCUUGCAUUACCAGAGGAUCAUCCAUCGGGACAUCAAGCCCUCUAACCUCCUGGUUGGGGAGGACGGUCACAUUAAGAUCGCUGACUUCGGGGUCAGUAACCAGUUUGAGGGGGCCGACGCCCUCCUGACCAGCACGGUGGGCACGCCCGCCUUCCUCGCCCCCGAGACCCUCUCCGAGACCAGGAAGAACUUCUCUGGCAAGGCAUUGGAUGUUUGGGCCAUGGGAGUGACGCUGUACUGUUUCGUGUUCGGAGUGUGUCCCUUUAUGGAUGAGCGCGUCAUCAGUCUGCAUCAGAAGAUCAAGACUCAGCCAGUGGAGCUGCCAGAGCAUUCAGACUUAUCUGACGAUCUGAACGAUCUGCUACUGAAGAUGCUUGACAAGAAUCCAGAGACCAGGAUAUCAGUACCGCAGAUUAAGGUGCACCCGUGGGUGACGCGGCGAGGAGCGGAGCCCCUCCCUCUGGAGGACGAUAACUGCUGCAUGCUGAUCGAGGUGACUGAGGAGGAGGUGGAGAACUCUGUCAAACACAUCCCCAGUCUGGCCACUGUGAUCCUGGUGAGGACCAUGCUGAGGAAGCGCUCCUUUGGGAACCCCUUUGACUGGGGCCGCCAGAGAACCGAAGACCGAGGCACCGGUCUGUCUGCACCAGGGCACGUGCUCACGAAACAAGAGAGCGGGGAGGGCAUGAGAAGUAUGGACCUGCCCUUGGUGGGCGAAGAUGAGACUCUUUCCUGAUGCGGUGUGGUUUCUCAGCACGAGGGUGAAGGCAUGCUAGCGAAUUAUGUUGGUUGAAGCCACUAAUGUCUUUUGUGGAGGUGGACAGGACUGUUAUAGGGAUGAUGAGCACCCUGAUGAGCACCCUGAUGAGCACCCUGAUGAGCACCAUGAUGAGCACCCUGAUGAGCACCCUGAUGAGCACCCUGAUGAGCACCCUGAUGAGACGGGACCCUUUUGGUGAAAGCUCCCUCCUGACUGUCCACUCACUAACACCCAUCUGUAAUGCUCAUGUUUCUAGUCGCAGGCUUCUGAUAUAAAGGUCUGUGUUUUAGCCUAGCUACAUGUGUUUCUCCAGGCCUCUUCCGUUUGAAAAGGCUCUCACGUUUACUGCAGGGGUAUGGGGGACGGGAAGGGGUGUUUUAGCGACGGUUGUACAUUUUCAAGGGGCGACCCCUGUCCCCCACAUAUUAGUAGAGCAAGUUACUUGACUAUGAUUGUCUGGACCACUCACCAUCAAUGUGGACAGUUUUGUAACGAUAAACAGGAGAGGUUUAUUGAAACGAAAAAUAGAGAGAGAAAAAAAUGUUUACUACAUUCAUGGUUUGCAUGUGAGUUUGUUCCUUUCCCAGUGCAGCCAUUGUUUACGCUACAUAAGCUGCACAAUCAUAGAAUUAGUUAUCGAUGCACAAACUAUUUAUUUUACUAAUUCAGUAAAGGUUUGUUGUAAAAUGUCUCCCAGUUACUACAACUGGUGAAGAGUGUGUACUUGUUAAAAGUGUGGGGGGCCAAGGGGGAUGGGACAAUGUUGAAGCUCAAGUCAAAAAUAAUGUGUUUGUGGCAUGUUUGUUUCUUUAAAGCUUUUUAUAUGGUAAUAUAUUGACGGGUGUGGUUUUUAAACCUCUCAUUUUCAGGACACCAAAAAUCAAUUAAAUUGUGUAUUUUGUAAACUAAUAGCAAACACCUUUAAAACAAGUGACUAUUUCUGA